GUGCUCAAAAAAAAAAAAAUCCAGAAUUUCCUGUCUCUAUUCUCUAUUUUCCUUGAACCUCUCAAAACCCCUCCAAUUUCCCACACUUUCUCUCCAUCCAAACACCCUCCCAGCUCCCAUGGCUACUCUAUUAUCCUCCUUACAACCCACACUUCAGUUCCCCCAUAUCUCAUCUUCACCAUCAUCAUCAUCUUCUUCUUCUUCUUCAGUCUCUCUCCUCAGCCUUACCACCUUCUCCACCAAGCCUACAAACUCACUAACUUUCACAUUAUCCAACUACAAAUCCAGUUUCUUGAACAACCUUAUACCCAUUUCCCUCUCACCCAGAAAAAGCCAUCUUGGCAAUAAUGCUUCACUCUCUGUCCGAAUGUCUUGGGAUGGUCCACUCUCUUCAGUGAAGUUGAUUAUGCAGGGCAGGAAUUUGGAGUUAACUGAGACUGUCAAGAAGCAUGUGGAAGAGAAGGUGGGGAAGGCAAUUGCUAAGCACAGUCAUUUGGUUAGGGAGGUGGAUGUCAGGUUUUCAGUUCGGGGUGGAGAGUUUGGGAAAGGCCCAAGAAUUCGGCGGUGUGAGGUUACAUUGUAUACAAAGAAGCAUGGAGUGGUUCGAGCAGAGGAAGAAGGUGAGACAGUCUUUGGGAGUAUAGAUUUGGUCUCAUCGAUAAUACAAAGGAAGCUGAGGAAGAUUAAAGAGAAGGAGUCCGAUCAUGGCCGGCACAUGAAGGGGUUCGACAGAUUGAAAGUUAGGGAGCCUACAAUACAACCAAUGAAGGAAAAGACAAAUGAUGAAGAGGAAGAUGCCAUUUCUCAAGAAGAUGAUGGAGAAAUUAUUGAUGAGAUUGUUCGUACAAAAUACUUUGAUAUGCCACCUUUGACUGUCUCUGAAGCAAUUGAGCAACUGGAAAAUGUUGAUCAUGAUUUCUAUGCUUUCCGGAAUGAAGAAACUGGUAAAUACUUAUUGUGUCACUUUUUUUUUUUAAACAUUAAUUAUCAUAAUCAUCCUGGGUCCAAUUUUUCACUUGCCUUUGCUCCAGGUGAGAUUAAUAUCGUGUACAAAAGAAAAGCUGGAGGAUAUGGUGUUAUCAUACCUAAAGAAGACGGUAAAGCUGAGAAAUUUGAGCCCAGGGUGGUGGAACCAGCUAGAGAACCCUCCUUGGCAGACUAGAUGUACCUAGCAAAGGAAGAUCCUUUUUCAGAGAUAAUUUAACUAGCUAUGUCUUCGAAUCAAACGGCAAUGAUGUAUUUGGAGGACUCAGCAUGCUUAGACAAACCCGAAACAUUUAAGAUCAAAUGAGGAAAUUUUGAGAUGUAUGAACAUGUUUACAAGGGUAGUUAGUUAUUGUAAGUUGAUAUGCACCACGUGAUUUCCAACACUGAUGGAGCAGAUAUAACAUGUAAUUACUAUGCAAUCUGUAAAUGAUAAUUAGCUCAGAUGACUCUCUUUAGUUCUAUUGUCUCUGUUUUAUACCCUUCUUUCUGUCUAAACUUAAGAGGCUAAGACAAUUUAAGUUACUGCUGUGCUCUCUUUUCUAUA